CGUGCCGCGUCCAAACUUUACCCAAAAACUAAGAGACCCUCUGCCGACAAAUACCACGUGACAUUUAAAAUCAUCAUCAUCAUCCUCCUCUCGAAUUUUCAUUCCCAAACUGAAAAUGCAAUACCCAAAUCUCAUCCCUUAUUUAUAUUAUCAUUAUCAUUAUCAUUAUCAUUAUUAUUAGUAUUAAUAUUCAUUGUUCCUCUACGACUUCUUCUCUCUCUCUCUCUCUCUCUCUCAAUUCUCAAAACGCAGAGGACCCAAAAGAGAGAGCAGCACAGACCGCGAAUCAACAAAUUGCUUCAGAUAGAGCAUGGCCUUUGAGCAGCCUCAUCAGUUUGAAUAUAUGGCGGAUGAGGGUGACAUGUCUGAUUUCGUUGAGGACGCAGAUGGGGAUGCCGAUGAAGAAAAUCACGGUAGAGAUAUGGUUCUUGACGAAUACGACAUGUUUGAUCAGCUUAACCAGGUGUCAGAUACGUCUUCUGCCCAAGCAAGAAAAGGAAAGGAUAUUCAGGGCAUUCCGUGGGAUAGGUUAAACAUAACGAGGGAGAAGUACAGAUUGACGAGGCUUGAACAGUACAAGAAUUAUGAGAAUAUCCCUUCAUCUGGGGAAGCUGUGGACAAGGAGUGUCAACUAAUGCAGAAGGGUGGCAACUACUAUGAAUUCUUCCACAACACAAGACUGGUUAAACCUACAAUCCUUCAUUUUCAGCUUAGAAAUCUGGUUUGGGCUACUUCGAAACAUGACGUCUAUCUCAUGUCCAAUUAUUCAGUUAUGCAUUGGUCUUCUCUAUCUGGCAAUUUGUCUGAGGUCCUCAAUUUUUCAGGUCAUGUUGCACCAACUGAGAAACAUGCAGGAAGUUUGUUGGAGGGUUUUAUGCAGACUCAGAUAAGCACCCUAGCAGUCAAGGACAAUUUUCUUGUUGCUGGAGGUUUCCAAGGAGAGCUUACUUGCAAGCGUCUUGAUAAAGAAGGAGUGAGUUUUUGUACGCGGACCACAUACGAUGACAAUGCAAUCACAAAUGCUGUUGAAAUAUAUGAUAGCCUGGGGGGUGGAAUGCAUUUCAUGGCAUCCAAUAAUGAUUGUGGUAUAAGAGAAUAUGACAUGGAGAGAUUUCAGCUUCUGAAUCACUUUCGAUUCCCCUGGCCAGUGAAUCAUACAUCAAUAAGCCCAGAUCGUAGGGUUGUUGCCGUAGUUGGAGAUCACGUGGAUGGAUUGCUUAUGGAUUCUCAGAAUGGAAAGACUAUUGCUAAGGUUGUUGGUCAUCUAGAUUACUCCUUUGCUUCUGCAUGGCAUCCUGAUGGCCGCAUAUUUGCCACCGGAAAUCAGGACAAGACUUCCCGAGUUUGGGAUAUAAGAAAUCUUUCAUCACCCCUUGCAGUUCUGAAGAAUAACUUGGGUGCUACUCGGUCUAUUCGGUUUUCAUCAGAUGGUCAGUUUAUGAUGGUUGCAGAACCUGCAGAUUUUGUGCAUAUAUACAGUACAAGGGCAGAUUACAAAAAACGGCAAGAGAUUGAUUUCUUUGGGGAGAUUUCGGGGGUAUCAGCAAGUCCAGACGACGAGUCCUUGUACAUAGGAAUCUGGGACCGAACAUACGCAAGCUUGUUGCAAUAUAACAGAAGGCAUACAUAUGGAUAUCUUGAUUCCUAUUUUUGAUUGAUCAGCAAAGGGAGCUAUAUGAUCCAUUAGAAAGGUUAAGAGAACGGGUGCCAUCAAGUUUUCAUCCUAUCUUUCCGAAUUCGCUGUUCUAUUUUUUGUUGUUAUAAAGUUCACAGUAGAAAUAAGCCAUAAUUGAUUAGACUACAAAUAUGUACAGUGAACAUUCAAACUUGCUUGAACAUUUCGCUCUUUCGAUGUCUUUGCAUUUCAAGCUUCAAGUGGUUCGUUUUUUUUUUUGGCU